CAAAGUGUUAAUUGUUACUUUUGCUCUCGGUGUCAGCUUGCAGUUUAAAAUUUCUAGUAGAAUUGCAAAAGAAAAUUUAAAAAAUGGGUGUGAAAAGAUUUCGCAAAAACAAACCGAAACCGCGCCCCAAACCCGUGAUCAACUACCCUCCUGUGCCGACUAAGAAAUGGAUUCCUCCCGACCAAAGAAAAAAACAGCUUAAGCCCGAACCCAAGUAUGUAAAGCCUGAAGGAAUAUCCCAAAAGCUCGCCAUUUCCACCCUGGGGAAAGUUUGGAACAAGUUCAGCAUCCAUGGAGAGGCUGGAAUUAUUACGGGACAUUUCAGUCAGUUCCACAAGAGAUUCAGCUUUAAGUCCAAUGGCUUCCAAGGAGCGUGCAAUUCGGGUCUGGCGUGUGCGUUUUCGCAAAUUUACAAAAUGGCUCUUUGGAGUGAGAGGCUGCUGGACGAAAUUUUACUCAGAGGCGACGAACUGUAUGUACGAAGUACCCAGCAGGGAGACAAAUGCCUCAUUGAGGUUCCUCCUGAAAAAAUGCACACUUCUUUCUUCCUGGGCCAACGGAAAAUCACUCUAUUUGUCAGCCCAAACGGGAAACUUACUGAAGAACUCACAUCGAGCUCGGAAGAUAAAGCCAAAGCCAUCAUUGAAGACACUCUGGGAAAGUUCCUGGAGAAAAAUGCAUCAGGAAUUUUUUACAUGAAAGACAAAUAUGCGGCUGUUUGGGUGAGUGAAGGCGUUUACUAUUUUUUCGACCCGGGAGAGCAUGACGAGUAUGGAAACCCGUGGAAAGGAAUACCUGGAGGAGGAUUUUCAUUUUUGGGCCGCUUUAAAGCGCUAGCAACCCUGGCUGAGCACAUUUUCCUCAAUUUUCCAUCUGUAAAGGAGGCAGAUUCGAAAGUUCAUAUCAUCCCGUGUGGGAUAGCCAGGAUUGUUCUUAUCAACACAACCCCACCGGAAACUUUCGAAGAUUUAGCACCGCAAGAUGUAGUUUUUAGCCAGAUUAUUGAAGAACCUUCUCCUUUGCCUGAUCCAAAGCAGCAAUUCCUCGAACAAUAUGUAGAAGAAGGCAAAACUCCUGCUGAACCCCUUCAGAAGGAAUUGGAGGAAAUGUCCCCUGAAGUAGACGAUGAUCUUCCCCAGAGUCGACGUCCAUCUUUCCUGCCCGAGGGCCAUGUGGAUAAGCAUGAUUUAUGCCGAUUCCCCAUUCCGAUCCCCAGCUACCUCAAAGGGGAGCAUGCUCGCCUCACGUAUUACACAGAACUAAUUCCUGAUGUGAUGGGUAUUUUGAGGGCCAGCACGUCCCAAAUGGACCCCAACUUCUCCAAAUAUAUGGGCAGAGAAAGCAUGGGCAAUGCUCUUUCCGCCCUCAUAAUGCUGCGCUUGCAUAAGUCCAAGCAUUGGGUCCCACGGCUUGUGGACACUGUUCUCCGAUACGGAGAGUUGCUUUACAGAGAUGCCAUGUUGAGUAUUCCCAGAACCCACUCUUUGCGCCUUUCAAACUUCCCAAGCAAAAUUGAAUAUGAAGGCAAAAAGUUUACACCGAUUAUCGACGAAUAUGCUGUGGUUGGCCAGAUGCACAGCCAGGAGUAUGAAAUUCUGGAUUUGGGGGCGGCUUUGGACGACUUUCUCACUGAUUUCGACUGCUGCAUUGUUCAAGGGCCGCAAAUUAUCGCCUUCUGGGUGGAGGAUGGCGUCUACUACAUGUUUGACCCCAAUGAUCGCGACCAGGAAGGAAAAGCUCAGUCAAAUAAGGCCAUCUUUGGGUCCAAAGAAGUGAGCUUGCAAACACCUGGAGGUGUGGCUUGUGUGGUUUGGUGUCAAAAGCUCAAAGAUCUUGUCAGUUUGUAUGUGCAUAAUACGGAAAAAGCGCUCAGGGAUCAACGGUUUUACAUAAGCAAAGUAGUCAUCAAGGAUUACGUGGAUAUUUCUGACGAUUGGUACAAUUUCAAAGGAAUUGAUGUUGCUGUGUGGAUCCUAAGAGGAUCUUUCAGCCAAAUCAGCCUAAGAUUCUCUGCUGAAUCCAGAAAUAGCCAAGGAACCGCCAAUGCCCUAAUAAGUCUUGCAAUGUCAACCCUCUUUGAUGAGCAGGAGUGGUCGAGUGACACUGUUGACGAAAUUCUGAUGACCGGUGAUGAAUUCUAUAGAGAUUCAGUAGAAACGCUUCAGGAAAAAGGGGCUUUCAUUAGCUCACAUCUGAUGCUCUUUGAGCUGAAAAAACGUCACAGACUGCGAGACAAAGAGGCAGAAUUCGAGCUGGAGGAAUGCUUGGUAAACGGACUGAUUAAUGCGAGGAACAGCAAUGAUGUUAAUGACCUCAGAAAGGGCCUGGAAGAGUUCUUCAUAGAUAACGACUAUGGCGUAAUAACAAUGCGAGAUAUUUCCCUGCCCAUUUGGAAGAAGAAGGAAAUCUUCUACUACCUGGACCCAUACAGUAGGGAUGAAAAGGGAAUAUCAACAGGCUACGGAACUUCCUGCGUCAUUCGCUUCGUCCACUUAGACGACGUGGUAAACGCAAUAGUGGCCAAUCUGGAACCAAACCUUGAAGACUUUUUCAACAUUACCAAAGUGAAGAUUAGUCUAUAUGAGGCUGGUGCCGGGGCUGUGAAGCCCCCCAUAAACAACUACACGGCAAUCAAUGAAACAUCGGCAAUUCUUAGAGGCUGGCUAAGCGAACAGAGCUCCAAAUACGAAAUACGACGAGGCAGGCAGACUGUUCCCAUGUGUAUAGCUGCCGUUGCUUUCAACAAGCUGAAACCUUCCGGUGAAUGGACGAAAACUGAUGUGGAUGUUAUUCUUGAUAAAGGAGAUGAGCUUUACGUGGAGUCAAUGGCAGAUGCUCAAAAGGUUCUAGAGGGUGAAAAUGCUCAAGCUGGAGCUCCGGAAGAAGGUGCAGGUGUGGACUCGCAGGCAGGUGGCGAUGCGCAGCCUGCAGCCCCUACUCCUCAACCCCCAGCUGCUUCAAAGGAAAACGCCGCAGAAGAUGAAAGCGCUGUGGAAGAAGAGGAGGAAGAAGAACCAGUAGAAAUGGAAAUAAAAAUAUCCUCAGAAAAUGUGAAGACUGAACUGGACAUCGGUCCAAAUAAUCUAACAGUGGAAUUCGCCGAUGUUGCAGAAGGCAACAUCAAAGAAACCCUGAAGGAUGCCUUAAAAACGUUCUUCGAAAAGGAGCAAACCGAUGAUGAUUUCAACCAAGAGGCCCUUCUAGAGUCCAAGCAUUACACUGUAGCAUUGUGGCGUGAUGAUAAAUGCUUUUACGCUUUUGAUCCUCGGCCGAGAGACAAAAAAGGCGAAGUUAUUGGUAAAGAUGACUGGGAUCCCGAACCUCCUGAGCCGGAGCCGAUGUCGGAAGAACUGUCGGAAACCGAGGAAGAAGGAGAUCGUGAAGGAAGUGAAAUUAAUGAAGAGUUACCUGAAAGUCCAGCAGAGAACUUCGAAGACGAGUACUUGGCUGAUGAACAAUUUGAUGAGGAAGCUGAAGAAGAAGCUGACUUUGAGGAAGAAAUCGAAGAGGAGGAAGUUUCGGAACCAGAAGAACCGCCCAGGCCAAAAAUGUCGCCAUCGUACUGGUUGGAGCAGGAAAAAUCCGGCAGAGCCUGCUCGAUUUGGUUUAUCAAUGUAGAUGACCUGGUAAAUUUCGUCUACAACAAUAUUCCAGUCAAGGACCGACUGAAGAGCGAUUUUACCCUGAAAAGCGUGAAAAUCGUCAAUAAUUUGAAGCUCAAGUCCAAGUACAAUCCGGAAGAUCAGCGGACGGAUGCGUAUUGUGGAGAUUGGUAUGACUUCAAGGAGGUUGAGCAUGGAAGAUGGAUUUUGAGAGGUUCUUUGGACAUUACUCAUGACCUUUUCCCGGAAUACAACAGAGGAAGACAAGGUCUAACCUGCAGCAUAAUGGCCUUAUGUAUCGCCGAUACUUUUGAAAUGACUUGCUUCCUAAGCACUGUUCCUGAUACUAUUCAAGUUUACGGCGACAAGUUGUAUACUUUCAUGAGAAAAUCCAGAACCAGGCAAUUACUCAACGAUCCCAACAGCAGCUUGAAGGAUGGAGAAAUUGACUGGCUGCUGCAGCAUGAAAACUUUUCGAUCACCGACAUCCCGAAGAAGAUUUGUGUUGCGCAGUUUAUGGUGGAGCUUUCCAUUGUUCCAGGAUUCAUUGAAGGCGAUAUUAAAGCGCAGAAUUUUGAGGAAAUCCUGGAUGUUAAAAGAGGACUGGAGAAGUUUUUCGAGGACAGCACCUAUGGUGUAAUGUGCGCAAGAGAUUUAUAUGUGGCUGUCUGGAAGGGCCAGAAAAUGUUCUACAUGUUCGACGGAAUGAAAAGAGGUCCAAAUGGCGUUAAGUCUACCAUUGGCACUGGGUGUAUUACACGAUAUAUGGACGUGGAAAAAUUGGCCGAAGUGUUCCUGGAAAAUUUGCCUGCGCUUGGAAAAGGAGAGUUUGUUAUUCAUCAGGUCACUCUAGAAAGAAACCUUUGCCCAAGGGAACGGGAGCCCAAAGAUGUGAUUCCAGUUCCGAAAGCGGUUCCAAAAUCGGCCGGCCUCAAGCUGGUUAUUCCCGGCAAGAGCAUUAUUAGAGGAACCAUCACUCAAGAGGAUCCAAAGUUUGGCAAAGGCCCAAAUACCAUGAGCGCACCAAUAGCAGUUGUAGCCUUGACGAUGUCGCUGAUUCAUAAACCCGAAAAUUGGUCCCGACCUAUAAUUGAUGAUAUUGUGACUUUGGGAGCCGAACUGUAUGAAGACAGUGUCAAUGAUUUGGGCUUCGACUUCAAUCCUUGGGAAGACACGCUGGACGUAUACCGAGUGAAGCACGACUUCAAGCUGGGAGUCGUUAAAGCCAACUGUGAAUUGCGGCAAACUGACCAAAAGGGUUACAUCGACUGCAAAGAGUCCGACAUGCAAAAUCUUCGACAAGGAAUGUCGCGAUUUUUUGAAGAAAACACUCAUGGAAUUCUGGUAACGCAGCCACUUACAGUGGCCGUUUGGGAGCAAAAGCAAGAGGAAGGAGACCCGUUGAUUUACAUUUUCGAUCCGAACCCGAGAAAUGCCACUGGAAUGCCCCUGUUUACGGGAACAGCUUGUGCGCUGGCUUUCGUCAAUGAGAAAAUGGCUUCAGAUCACGUUAUUGGCUGCAUUUUGGAUCCGGAAAUGCGAGCAGGAGAAUUCGUGAUUGUUCCAGUGGAAAUCGUUGUGGGAAACGCGAAGACCGUAAGGAAACAACCGCAAAAAUCCACAACUAGAAGCAGUAUAAAUGUGCUGCCCAGAUGCUCCAAACUGGUGGCGUCUGAGCAGAAGAAAAAGUUGCGGAAGCUGGCUGAAGAGGAUCGCAAGAAAAAAGAGGCAAAGAAGAGGGAACUAAUUGGCAGGAAUGGCUACCACCUGAGAGGAGCUGAAGCCAUUCUGCGAGGCUACAAAAGCCAGAACUCCGAUUACUACGACAGCCAUUCCAGAAACAAGCAGGAUAUUCCUAACUGCAUAGCUUCUGUGGUAAUGCACUCAGUUCUGUCGAUUGAGGACUGGAACCAUCGGCACAUAGACCUUAUUCUGGACACAGGCGAUCAGCUAUACAUAGAUUCUUACAUAGCAUAUGGUCCGGAUGAUCCGCAGCUAGGAAUGGAGAAUAUUCUAAGAAAAUUUUUCAUGGGCUCUUUGGAAGUCCAUGUGACAAUCUACAAGUCAAUAAUAACGGAAGCUUUUACAGCCAGCAGGUUGAAUUGCGUGUUGGAGGCAUUCUUCCAGCAAGAAACUGUGGGAAUUAUUAACUACAACCGUCAAUGGAUCAGUGUGUUUUUCAAAAGUGGCUAUUAUUUCAUGUUUGAUCCGCAUGAAAGAGAUAUUGAAGGUAAUCCCAUCAGCGACUCAGAACAUGGAUCAGCUGCAGUGGUGCGCUUUGAUAGCCUGAAUGGAAUGACGCUGAAAAUAAUCAACAAUCUUGGAGGAAAUGCAGAAGAAAACGAGGAAUUUAUGUUGUGGAUUAUGUCAGUGGAACCAAAGUAGCCCACCAAGGAUUACUGGGUAAAAUCGUUCUUGAUUUAUGCAAUGUUUAGGUAAAUAACUGUGUAAUAAAAGUUAUCUGUG